CCCUUCCGGGCCGCCGCGGCCCAUGGCGGGCUGGGCUGAGCGGAGCUGAGCGGAGCUGAGCGGAGCUGGGCUGAGCUGCUGCCAGCGCCAUGGCCCUGGCCGGCAGGGCGGCGCUGCGCUGGGGGGCACGGCUGCCGAGCCCCGGCGCCGCCGCCCCGCUCUGCCGAGCGGCCUGGCUGCCCGCGGCGUGCGGGCGGCCCUACAGCUCCCGCGGCAAGGAAAAAAUAGAUAUGUCAACGUAUCCUGUUGAAAGCAUUAGAAACUUCAGUAUUAUAGCUCAUGUAGAUCAUGGCAAAAGUACACUAGCAGACAGAUUGCUGGAAAUUACAGGAGCAAUUUCUAAAACUGACCGUAAUAAACAAGUGCUGGAUAAACUUCAAGUGGAACGUGAAAGAGGAAUUACAGUUAAAGCCCAAUCUGCAUCUCUCUUUUACAAUCAUGAAGGAAUAAACUACCUCUUAAAUCUUAUUGACACGCCAGGCCACGUAGAUUUCAGCUAUGAAGUAUCACGGUCACUAUCUGCCUGUCAAGGUGUCAUACUUGUAGUGGAUGCAAAUGAGGGUAUUCAGGCUCAGACAGUGGCAAACUUCUAUCUCGCCUUUGAAGCACAGCUUUCAAUAAUUCCUGUCAUAAAUAAGAUUGACUUGAAAAAUGCAGACCCUGAAAGAGUUGAAAAACAAAUUGAGAAAUUGUUUGAUAUCCCUACAGAUGAAUGUAUAAGGAUUUCUGCUAAACAAGGAACGAAUGUUGAAAAAGUUCUUCAAAAGGUCAUUGAGAAGAUCCCACCACCCCAAUGUAAUACUGCUGAUCCAUUGAAAGCCUUAGUAUUUGACUCUACCUUUGACCACUACCGAGGUGUCAUAGCUAACAUUGCGCUCUUUGGUGGGGAGAUUGCAAAAGGACAGAAAAUUGUGUCUGCACACAGUAAGAAAAGAUAUGAAGUAAAUGAAGUUGGAAUUAUGACUCCAAAUGAACAGCCAACACAUAAGCUCUAUGCAGGACAGGUGGGUUACCUGAUUGCUGGAAUGAAAGAAGUAACGGAAGCCCAAAUAGGAGACACACUGUUUUUGUAUAAACAGCCAGUGGAGCCUUUGCCUGGCUUUAAGUCAGCGAAGCCAAUGGUUUUUGCAGGAAUGUAUCCAAUAGAUCAAACAGAAUAUAAUAAUCUCAAAAGUGCUUUGGAAAGGCUGACGUUGAAUGACUCCAGUGUAACUGUUCAUCGUGACAGUAGCCUUGCUUUAGGAGCUGGAUGGAGAUUGGGUUUCCUUGGUCUUCUACAUAUGGAAGUCUUCAAUCAGCGUUUGGAGCAAGAGUAUAACAUGUCUGUUAUUUUGACUGCACCUACAGUUCCAUAUAAAGCUGUUCUUUCCUCAGCAAAGUUGAUAAAGGAGUAUGGAAAUGACCAGAUUACUAUUAUCAACCCUGCUCAGUUUCCUGAUAAACUUUCAGUAUCAGAGUAUUUGGAGCCAACUGUUCUUGGUACUAUUGUAACGCCUCCUGAAUAUAUUGGGAAAAUAAUUACCUUGUGUCAGGAUCGUAGGGCGGUCCAGAAAGAUAUGUUGUACAUUGAUGAAAACAGGGUUAUGCUAAAAUACCUCUUUCCUCUGAAUGAAAUUGUGGUGGAUUUUUAUGAUGCUCUUAAGUCUCUGUCUUCUGGCUAUGCAAGUUUUGAUUAUGAAGAUGCAGGUUACCAAUCAGCGGACCUAAUCAAAAUGGAUAUUCUUCUAAAUGGAAAUCCAGUUGAAGAACUGGCAACUAUCAUACACAAUGAUAAAGCCUAUGCUGCUGGUAAACUCCUAUGUGAGCGUUUAAAAGAGACUAUUCCUAGGCAGUUGUUUGAAAUAGCCAUCCAGGCUGCCAUUGGCAAGAAAAUCAUUGCAAGAGAAACGCUGAAGCCUUACAGAAAAAAUGUUGUGGCAAAAUGCGUAGUAUGGUGGCGACAUUACAAGAAGAAUGAAGCUUCUGAGGAGGCAAGCAGAAGGCAAGAGGUUGAUGAGAAAAAUUGGCAAUGUUGAGGUUCCAAGAGAUGCCUUUAUACGUGUUCUAAAGAGAGAAACUGACAAAUAGAGAUCAGUGACAUCUGAUCUUCCAGAUCAUGUCAGCUUUUUGCAGACAGUAGCAAAGUGAGCUAAUACAGGAUUUAUCACUGUGAGAGGGAACAUACUUGACCUUAAAUGGUAUGAAUUUACUAUGUGUGGGAAGAUGAAUUGACUUAAAAAUGUACAUAUAUUUGUAGAUUAUUACGAAAUUAAAGUUACUUGACUGCAUCUAAAAGUU